AUGAAUGGGAAUAGUAGCACUCCUACUGAAUUUGUACUCCUUGGAAUUUCUGAAAGAACUGAUUUACAAGCUUUGCUUUUUGCUGUUUUCCUGAUAUUCUACUUUUUUAUCCUGAUGGGGAACAUGCUAGUUUUUGUGGCCACUAUUUCUAGUCAGGCUCUACACACUCCCAUGUAUUUUUUCCUUAGGCAUUUAUCUUUUCUGGAUAUCUGUUAUACAUCUGUCAUUCUGCCUCAAAUGCUUGUACACUUCAUAACAAAGAGAAAGACUAUCUCAUUCUUGGGUUGCGCCAUGCAGAUGUUCUUUUACAUCUUCCUGGGAACUGCUAUGUGUUACCUCCUGGCUGUAAUGGCAUAUGAUCGCUACUUGGCAAUUUGCCAUCCCUUGCAUUAUAUGAGACUGAUGACCAGGAGAACCUGUUUCCUCUUUGUCUCUGGUUGUUGGGUCAUUGGUUUGUUUGUAUCUCUACUACAGACAUGGUUGAUAUUUUCUCUACCCUUAUGUGGUUCUAAUGUUAUUAAUCACUUCUUCUGUGAUAUCUCUCCACUGAUGAGACUGAGUUACCCAAGCAAUUUUAUAAAUAAUGUGGAAAAUAUUCUAGCUGUAUUCCUGGUUCUUGUCACCCCAUUCAUAUUCAUCCUGGUUUCCUAUAUUUUGAUUAUUACUGCAGUCUCAAAGCUUACUGUCCCAGCUGGAAGGCAAAGGGCCUUAGGCACAUGUUCUUCACAUAUGGUCUCUGUUAUCCUCUUCUAUGGCACAGCUAUGUUCACUUAUUUAAGUCCCAAGUUUGAGCAUUCUGAUUCUUUAGGCAAGCUCCUUUCUCUCAUCUAUACAAUGGCCCCUGCAAUACUUAAUCCUGUUAUCUACAGUUUAAGGAACAAACCAGUAAAAGAUGCCAUAAAAGAAAUACUAGCAAAAUUCUGCAUGAGUAUGAAACAUUAUUUUUGUUGA